AUGUUGAAAGUAGCAUCUACAUCGAGUCGAUAUUCUACAGAACGGUUUAUUCCAUUGAAGAAUGUGGCUGUACAAGUUAAUAUUCAUUCAUUUGCAGCUGAAGUUUGUAUUAAACAAAUUUUUAUCAAUAGUGAAGAAUUAGAAGCUCCAAUCGAAGCAGUUUAUUGUUUUCCUAUUGAAGAACAAGCUGCUAUUUAUAGUUUCGAAGCAAUACUGGAUGAUGGUAGAAAAAUUCAAGCUCAAAUUAAAGAAAAGAAAUCAGCACAACGUGAAUAUUGUAAUGCAUUACAACAAGGACAUGGAGCAUUUUUACUUGAACAAGAUGAAAAAUCCAAUGAUAUAUUUACUAUCAGUGUUGGUUCACUUAAACCACAAGCAAAAUGUGAAAUUGAAAUUCGUUAUGUACAAGAACUUGAAUUAAUUGAUGAUGGUCAACGUAUACAAUUCGUUUUACCAACUGCAAUUGCACCACGAUAUAGUUCAAUAUCUGCUGGUGAUGGUCAUAUAAAAUCUCCUGGAACAACAACAUCAAAAUAUGUACAAUCUGCACCAUAUACAAUAUCAUUUUCUUGUUCGAUUGCAUCAUUACCUAUAGUAUCGAUUAAUUCACCAUCUCAUCCAAUUCAAGUUACAAUAGAUUCAAAUGAUAAUCAAUAUCCAAGAAUGAAUGCUUCUCUCGUUCAAGAAAAUACACAUCUUGAUCGUGAUAUUAUUCUUAAUAUGGAUCUUAAACAACAACAAAUUCAUACAUAUACUCUUGUUGAAAAACAAGCAAUUAUGGUAUCAUUAGUACCAACAUUGGAAUUAUGUCAUACCAGCAAUAAAAUGGAACAAAUUAAUUGUGAAUAUAUUUUUGUAGUCGACUGUAGCGGAUCUAUGGCUGGAGAGAAUAAAAUCGAUUAUGCUCGACAGGCAAUGUCCAUUUUUAUUAAAAGUUUACCUAUUGGAAGUUAUUUUAAUAUAUUUCGAUUUGGUUCCACAUAUGAACAAUUUAAUCAUAAUCAAAUAACUAUUGAAUACAACGAAGAAAGUGCUAAAAAUGCUAUGACAUAUAUUACCGAUAUGAAGGCUGAUUUAGGUGGAACAGAACUUUAUUCCGUUCUUUCUCAUUUACAAAUGACUCCACCGAAAACAAAUUAUUCACGUCAGAUAUUUCUUUUAACCGAUGGUGAAAUAGAUGAUGUUGAUGAAGUACUUCGUCUAUGUUAUUCCAUGUCAAGUACAACACGAAUUUUUUCAUUCGGUCUUGGUUCUGCACCAAGUCGUGCUUUAGUCAAAGGUCUAGCUCGAGUUACAAAUGGUUCAUUUCUUUUUAUUCCACCAAAUACGCAUGUUGAUACGGCUGUUGCUCGACAAUUAGACAAAGCACUUCAACCAUGUUUAGUUAAUCUUAAAAUUCAAUGUCAUUUUGAUAAUAAUGAAUUGAAAGAUUAUUGA